AUGAUCUUGAACCCACACUACAACCCCCCCUACCGCACCCCAACCCCCCACGACCCCUCCUCCAGCCCCACGCCACCGGACCCCUCGCCCAAGCGCAAACGCAGCAAUUCCACUACAGCGCUCCAGAUCGACACACAACAUGAACCGAAACUUAACGGACAGAAAUUGACUAACGAGGACGCUGCACCAAAUAGUCCGAGGACUAAAGUGGCGAACAAACUCUCCGGUCUCGACUUAAGGGCUUCGCGACCUGUGCUGCCAUGGGAGGUUGUCGAUGGAGAUGGAGAUGGGGAAGGGGUGGCGAGGAAACGCCUUAAGCGGACGAAGGAGGCUAGGAAGGGGUUUGGGGGUGGAGAUGGGGGGUUAAUGUCUACGCCUCCUGCGCGCCAAGCGACGUCAAGCAGCGAAGCGGAUAGAGAUGGGAAUGAAGCAGCUGCUGUAGUGGCCGAGACGCCCGACUGCCGCGCCCGUCCCUCCAGCCCACCUCUUCCGUCGUCGUUACCACCACAACAGGCAGACGAAGACUCAGACCCCAGCUCCGGCGACUUCACCACUUCCUGCCCCUCCACAACCAUCUUCCCACCCCCACCUUCACCCCCAACAUCCAGCGAACUAACCUGGCACGACGACGAAAUCACCGGCCACCUCCUCGACAGGACCAACUCCGACGACGACGGGGAAGGCAUAAACGGGAUCGGGUUCCGUCCUACCCCCGCGAUGGCUUUUGUGAGGCAGCAGAGGCGACGGCAGCAGGUUAGUGAGUGGAAGGCGCGGGAGGCGAGGGAGGCGCGGCAGAGGAGGAGUGAGCGGAGGAGAGGGGUAAAGGGAAGCGAGGGGGAGGUGGUGGGGGGUGAGGUGAAGGAGAGGGUCGUGAGGUUUGCUGUUGCUGAGGGGGAGGGGUGA